GGGGCAGGCACUCCAGCUUGAUUGCUUCCCAUCCCGUCACUGGACGGAACGAACGACAAGAUCUCAAGCUGUCACGACACGACCAAAGCUAUCAACCACCAUCCAACAUUGUUUCCGCCAAACCGACGAUUCCGAUUUCCCUCCGCGCGCGCAUAAUACCAGACAACAAAGCGCAUCAUCACCACGACGCGACCAAAGCACACCGACGAGUUUGCCCGCCUUUCGAACGACCCGUCGAUAAUUCAUCCGUCUAGCGUCAUCAGCUUCAGUCCAGCUGGUCCAUCCGACUCUCGAAACAGACACACAAAACACCACAUUCACAAUGGCCUCAACACAACCCAAGAACGACGCCAAGUCGACCGAGCCCAAGCCCGAGCAGCCCGUUCCCGAGAAGAAGACCGCCGUGUUGGAGGAAGACGACGAGUUCGAGGACUUCCCCGUUGAUGACUGGGAAGCCGAAGACACAGAAGCCGCCAAGGGCAACAACGAGGCCAAGCACCUAUGGGAGGAGUCGUGGGACGACGAUGACACGAGCGACGACUUUUCCUCGCAGCUAAAGGAGGAGCUGAAGAAGGUCGAGGCUGCCAAGAAGCGGUAAUCGGAGGACUUCGGGCUUGUACGAAACAUGAUAUGAGGGGAGAAAGGGGAGGAGGGCGCAUCAAUACAAUAUUUUACCGAUUUCGAUUUGGGGAUUUAAGGUGAUGGGCGACUCGCGGUUAAAGGCUCGGCAAUGCCUUGCGAAGCUUCGAUAUGCGAGUGGUAGACAAGCUGACCCUUUGACUACGGUGUCAUGGCUCGGAGACUUGGGGACGUGAGUGGUCGUUGGGUAUCAACACAGGGCUGAGAUUGACGUCCAAAUAGACAUUUGUCCCGAAACUUGGGGCAUAAACUUGAACAAUCUUACCACGAACCUGAUUCAUCAAGUUUAUUCUCAGAUCACACUUCGGACCAUAG